CAGCAUCACAACAAGGAUCAAUAGUAAUCGAAGACGCGUUGCACAUGUAAGUGGUAUAUCACUGACUAUCAUCAGCUUCACUUCUACAGGUACUCGACUGAACACUUUCACCUCAACAUCAAGAAAGCACAAGGAAACACAUCAUGGGCGUCGAACUCAGUACAGCGCGCUACCUGGCGCCAGCGUCUUUCCUCUACGACUUUGCAGCACAGCAAUAUGGCAUGUUCAGCUCGCCCAAUAUGAAGGACAUCCAUGAUCGAAACUUGUCAUUCUUCAGUCCUCAGCCAUUCUUCAUCGCUGGCUUCUUCUUCCCACAACAGCUCUUCCAGCUAGCCUGGCUCUAUAAGCUCUGGACUCUCAAGAAAGAGAACCCUCAAGACAAGAAAUCUCUUGACCACAUUGUCAAGUUCGUGCCAUACUACGCACUCGGAAACGUCUGCAUUGGUACUUGGAUGUUUUUCUGGAACAGCGAGAGGCUAUCAAUCUCCAACAUCUUUGUCCUGCUCAACACUACUGCUCAAAUUUUCUACACAGCCACGCAACUUGAGCCUAUGGAUACACGCAACACCGGCAGUGUGCUCACUCACAUCGUCGCGAAGACCUUUGCUGGUAUUGGUGUUCUUGAUGCUCUUCACAACACUUCGGUUGCGUACUACAAGAACGCUAUUCCUUCCACCACAGUCAAGGCUCUGACUGCACUUGGCUUUGGUGGUGCUGCUUUCCUCAGCGAUUGGAUCUUUGGAGGAUGUUUGGUCUACGACUUGAUCGCCUUGAGUGUGGGACAAAGAUCUUACGACAGCACCUGGUCGACCCAAUUGGGCUUUAUUGCCGCGGGAACGGCCGCUAUCGUGGGCAUCAAGAACUAUUUGAAGUAGGUACACUCUGUGUGUGUCGCUUUAACAACAGCUUGGCUAUUGGCCGACUUUUUGAUCGAUGUCAGAAGAGACGUCGUUGACAAUGUGUGUAGGCCGCCGUAUGUGAGGGGCGAUUAUUCUCAAGUGGUUCAAGACGAGACAGACGAUCGAGUAUGAGGAAUGACUCAGGCACUGGUGGCGUUAAUCAUUGUAUCAAAACAUGUAUCAUGGAUAAGGAGAAUGGAUUAAUACCUCUCUACCACAGCCACGCCCU